AUGCAGGAUUUGCGUCAAUUCCAGUUUAAAAAUAAAGACCAAAAGUUAGGUUUAUCAAAAGAUCAUCUAGGCAUGGUCAUUGAAGCUCUUGCUAAGUAUCAUGCAGGGUCGAUUGCGUUAGAAGAAAAGUUCCGUCAAAGUUUAUUGUUCAGUUCACAAACGCAUCCGAAUUUUUUAGGAAUGUUAGCGACUUGUCUCGAAGUCCUUGGAAAUAAUAUGCUUAGUUGGUCGGAUGCAAAAUUUGUUGAAGCCGGUUAUAAGAUUCAAAAUAUCUCUAAGAGUAUCGUAGAAUCUUCCAAGAAAAAUAAUGACUAUAACGAAGACGAAUUUUGUGUUUUGAAUCACGGCGAUUGUUGGGCCAAUAAUGUAAUGUUUCGUGAAAAUGACGCGAAUGAGCCACUGGAAGUUCGUUUAGUCGAUUUCCAAUUGCCUGUUUGGUCGUCUCCAGCGAUUGAUUUACUGUACCUACUUGGUUUUGGUCCUGCAUCCGAUAUCAUGUACAUAAUAUUAGAUGACUUUUUCUUGGAAAAAUAUUUGACAACUCUAAAAAAUACUAUGGAAAAACUUGAUUGUAAAAGAAAACCGCUGACUUUGGAUGAGCUUAAAUCGUCAAUGUGGAAGCGACGAUCUUUGGGUCUGAUAAGCGGAUUGAUAUUUUAUCCUAAGUUUGUGAUCGAAGCUGAUGUUGUUGGUCCUAUAAAAGAAGUUCUAGAUAAUCAAAUAACAGAGGUCAGUAUGUAUUCAACGCCAGAAGUUGUCGAAAAAUUAUCUAAGGUAAUUCCUUUGAUGGAAGAAAAAGGAUAUUUGGAUUGA